UGGAGUUCUGCCGAUGACGAAGUUCUUCUCCAAGCCAGAGCUUCUGGCCUUAACUGGCAGCCAAUUGCCGCUCGACACUUUCCGAACAAGACGGCAAACGCCUGCCGCAAGCGGCAUGAGCGAUUGAUCGAACGACGCCAUGUCGAUGACUGGGACACUCACAAGCUCGAACUUCUUGCCCAGGAGUACAUGGCGUGCAGGAAGGAGAUGUGGGACAUAUUAGCAUCAAGACUCGGCGAGCGUUGGGCCAUAGUAGAAGCGAAGUGCAUGGAAAAGGGACUCAAGACUCUGCAGUCUGCCGCCAGAACCGCCCAUAGGAAG